UAUAAAUUUGUUUGACAGCUGUGUUAAUCAACAACUACAUGUUAGUAUUUGGGGGAACUGGAGUGCCAUUUGGAGAAAGCAGCAGCAACAGUACCCAUAUAUGUAAUUUAGAUACAUUAGAAUGGUCCACUCUUCAGACAACUGGCUCUCCUCCAUUGGAACAAUAUGGACAAGCUAUGGCAGUACAUCAGAAUAAAAUGUAUGUAGUUGGAGGAACCACUGGAUAUGAUUACUCUAUGAGUGUACAUUGCUUAGAUCUUAAUACAAAAGAGUGGAAGCUUCUUGAAAAAAAUGUAAUAAAUGAAAUGAAUUUUGAGCCAGAGCCAAGGUAUCGUCAUGAAAUUGUGAUUGAAGGAAAUCAGAUACUUGUAUUUGGUGGAGGAACAGGUUUUGAGUGCUUUGGCUUUAAAGAAGUGCCUGCUUUUAACUUAGAUAAUUAUACAUGGCGAUCUUGUCCUACCUCAGAAGAGUAUCCUGCAGCUAGGAAGUGCCAUGGAUGUGUCCGAUUGGGAAAUGGUAUGUUCGAUGUUUUUCCUUUUUGUGUUAAGCAAUUACUUUUAAACUUUCAAAAUUAUUUAAUGCAGAAAGUAAUCAAAUGCAAUGGACCACUGGAGGUUCUGUGUUUAAAGUGUACAAAUCCAUUAAUAUGCGAAUCACUUAUACUGUAAUAUCUGUGUGCAUGU